AUGGAAUUAUUGUUUUUUGUCAUGCAGAUUAAUUUUCAUGUUCUAGUAGUACUGUGCAGCAGUGGGGAACCUUUUGGCUCCACAGGCCAAAUCCUAGUCCAGGAGGCAAAACUUGACAGGUGUCAGUCAUCUGACAUCAGGAGAUUGGAUGUUCAGCGCACCACACAGAGCUUGCAAAGAGCCUUGUAUAAUGCUUUAAAGUGCCUGUGGCUUCAACUUCACGCCCAUCAGCUGUUUUCUGUAGGUAUUGGGGAACUUACUCAUGCAGCUGAUAAGCAGGCUUCAGCUCUUAUCAUCUAUCAGCUAAUGGCACCAGCGAGUUCUACAGAACUCGGCUGCAACAGAUGA